AUGAUCACAGAAUUAUAUGAAGUUGAAGUUAAGCGGUCGAAAAACUUGAAGAUAGAGGAAUUUGUUAGCAAACUAAGAAAAGCUUCACGGACCGAUUCCUAUUUUUACGUAGAAGAACAACCUACUCCUGUAGGGGAGAUGCAGGUUGAGACUGGUUGGGAUACACCUCUACGUGGUGAUUGGGACGAGUAG